AUGGUCAGCGCACGGGCUCUCCUCCUCGCGGCCACCUGCUGCGGCGCCUACCUGUGGCUCGCUUGUGCAGAGGAGUCCUCACUGGAGACGCGCUCGCUGGAUUUCCCGCUGAAAACCCAACAGGAGAAAGACCUGAUUGAUGCCUUGCAAGAAGUUCUGGAGAAGCUGAGGAGCAAAGAGAUGCCUCUAGAGAAAAAGCUUGGCUGGCUGCCUUCGUGUGACGCAGGAGAGCCGUGCGCCGUGCGCAAAGGCGCGCGCAUUGGCACGUUGUGCAGCUGCCCCCGGGGGACCUCCUGUAACUUCUAUGUUCUCAAAUGUUUGUGA